AUGAAAUUGGACGAGCUAUAUACGGACAAGCAAUUGAUAUUUAAUAGUCCUCUUUCCGACAUUUGCAGGGCCAAGCCUGUGGGAUCUUCCCAGGGGUAUGUAUGUCUCAAAAUAGUUGAUGUUGAUUUCAAGAUUCCACCGCAUUCGAUUCAUCGUGAAAUCAAGGCUAUUAAGCGGCUUCAAUUGGGUAAACAUGCGGGUAUUGUGAAGUAUAUUGAUGAUUUCCAAAUAUUUGAUGAUAUGAUUUUGGUAGAGGAGUAUUACCCAAAGAAUUUGAGUCAAUUGCUUCUGCUGCUGCCAAAAUACCUGCGAACUCGAACGAGGUAUAAUCUUGCAUUCCCUGAACAGCCACCAAAGUAUACCAUAACUAAUGUUGCACCGGUGAGUGAGAUUCGGUUAUUUUUGAGGAAUGUGGCCAGUGCGUUACUGUUUAUUCAUGAGCAUGAGAUCAUUCAUCGUGAUAUCAAACCUAGUAAUAUUAUGUUUCGCAUGGGAGAUGAUUUGACACAGCCUGUUUUGAUUGAUUUUGGUAUUUGUUAUGAUUAUACUGAUCCGCCAUUGGAUGAGACUCGGGAUGAGAAGUAUGUUGAUGUGUCAACUGGGAUAUAUAAGCUGCCUGAGUUGAUAUUGGGCAUGACUGAUUAUUCGUAUGCCAUAGAUGUGUGGCUGUUGGGUGUGGUUAUGACUGUUUUGUAUUCCAAUGACUUUAAGUCUGUAUUGAUCAAGAGUGAUGCAAGUAGUUUUAAAAGUGAGGGUAAUGGUAGUGGAAAUGGUAGACAUGUUGACAAUAUUAGGGGAGAAGAAGAAAAUAAAAAGGAGGAAGAGGAGGAGGAGGAGGAACAGAUGAGUAAUGAAAUGGCGAUUAGUGAUUUGCAUUUGUUAAGUUGCCAAUUUAAAUGUUUUGGUACUCCACACUAUGGAUGCGAAGGAGAAGGAGAAAGAAAUGAAGAAGAAGAAGAAGUGGGUGAAAGAAGAUUAGCUGAAAUAAAACAGGAGGAUGUGCAGGAUGAUGAACUACUUUGGAAGGAGUUGGAGAAAGAAGAGUAUCAUUAUCGUAAGUUUAAUUUAAAGAGAUUUAAAAGAAAGUGUGUAAAUGAGUUGCUACCAUUGUGUGAUGAUGAAGAAGUGCAGAGCCUUUGGUUAAGAAUGAUAAGGUAUGAUAGGUGUAAAAGAAUUACUAGCAAGGAGUUGUAUACUGCGUUAAAGUGA